CCGUUGGAGACAAGCGGCGAAAGGCCGUGGAGUAGAGCGAGAGAGCUGCCAUAAACAGAGGGCGUCUGCGCCUUUAAGAGGUGGAAAUCGAAACAAUAAACCGUUCGCGGUGUCAAUGUUCUAACAAUGAAUUUAAUCGACAUGUUCUUGAUAAAACUCUUAUUUUUGUUUCACUGCACACGAUACGCAGAUGGUGUAUAUGGGAACCCUCUGAACAAGUACAUCCAGCACUAUGAGGGUCUGUCCUACGACACGGAGGCCCUCCACAGCAAGCACCAGCGGGCCAAGAGGGCCCUCUCGCACGAGGAAAAGUUCGUGCACCUCGACUUCCACGCACACGGAAGAUUUUUCAAUCUCCGCAUGAAGAGGGACACCUCCCUGUUUUCAUCGGACUUGAAAGUGGAGAUGUCCGGAGAAGAAAUGCCUUACGAUACCUCCCACAUUUACACAGGAGACAUCUUCGGCGAGAAGGGCAGCCUGAGCCAUGGGUCCAUUGUGGACGGCAAGUUCGAGGGCUUCAUCCAGACCCACAAGGGCACCUACUAUGUGGAGCCCACAGAGAGGUACCUGAAGGACCGCGAUGUCCCCUACCACUCUGUCAUCUACCACGAGGACGACAUCGUGUAUCCCCAUAAGUACGGGCCGGAGGGUGGCUGUGCGGACCACGCUGUGUUUGAGAGGAUGAAGAAGUACCAGGCCUCUGCAGUGGAGCAGCCCAACAAGGAGACCAAUGAGGUGCUGGAGGAGGAGGAGGAGCCGUCGGACGGGCCGGUCCUCCUGCGGAAACGGCGCGCCGCCCAGGUGGAGAAGAACACCUGCCAGCUCUUCAUCCAGACCGACCACCUCUUCUUCAAGUACUACGGCACCCGAGAGGCCGUGAUCGCGCAGAUCUCCAGUCACGUGAAAGCCAUCGACUCCAUCUACCAGAGCACUGACUUCAUGGGCAUCCGCAACAUCAGCUUCAUGGUGAAGAGGAUCCGGAUCAACUCUACGAGCGAGGAGCGGAACAAGUCCAACCCCUUCCGCUUCGCCAACAUCGGCGUGGAGAAGUUCCUGGAGCUCAACUCGGAGCAGAACCACGAUGACUACUGCCUGGCCUACGUGUUCACGGACCGGGACUUUGACGACGGGGUGCUGGGCCUGGCCUGGGUGGGGGCCGCGGCAGGGAGCUCCGGAGGGAUCUGCGAGAAGAGCAAGCUGUACUCGGACGGGAAGAAGAAGUCCCUGAACACAGGCAUCAUCACCGUGCAGAACUACGCUUCCCACGUACCCCCCAAGGUCUCCCACAUCACCUUCGCCCACGAGGUCGGCCACAACUUCGGAUCUCCGCAUGAUUCUGGGACGGAGUGCACCCCGGGAGAGUCCAAAAGCCAGGAACUGAAGGAGAGGGGGAACUACAUCAUGUACGCCAGAGCCACGUCCGGGGACAAGCUCAACAACAACAAGUUCUCAAUCUGCAGCAUGCGCAACAUCAGCCAGGUUCUGGAGAAGAAGAGGGGCAACUGCUUCGUGGAGUCCGGCCAGCCCAUCUGUGGUAACGGGCUGGUGGAGAUGGGGGAGGAGUGUGACUGCGGCUACAGUGACCAGUGCAAGGACGACUGCUGCUACGACGCUAACCAGCCCGACGGCAAGAAGUGCAAACUCCGACCCAACCAACUGUGCAGCCCCAGCCAGGGCCCCUGCUGUACCAGGGGCUGUGGCUUUAAGACCCGAAACGAGAAGUGCCGGGAUGAGUCUGAGUGCGCCCACCAGGGCAUGUGCAGCGGAGGCUCCGCCCAGUGCCCCACCUCCGACCCCAAAGCCAACUUCACCGCCUGCCACGGAGAGACGCAAGUCUGCCUCAACGGGGGCUGCUCUGGUUCUAUCUGUGAGAAAUAUGGACUGGAUGUGUGCACCUGCGCCAGUGUGGACGGCAAGGAUGAGACGGAGCUGUGUCACGUGUGCUGCAUGGAGCGGAUGAAGCCCAACACCUGCAGCAGCACGGGCUCAGAGAAGUGGUCGCGCUUCUUCAACAAGAAGAUCACCACCCUGCAGCCCGGCUCGCCCUGCAACGACUUCAAGGGCUACUGCGACGUGUUCAUGAAGUGCCGCCUGGUGGACGCGGACGGGCCCCUGGCCCGGCUGAAGAAGGCCAUCUUCAACCCCGAGCUCUACGAGAACAUCGCCGAGUGGAUAGUGGCUCACUGGUGGGCGGUGCUGUUGAUGGGCAUUGCUCUCAUCAUGCUGAUGGCCGGCUUCAUUAAGAUCUGCAGCGUCCACACCCCCAGCAGCAACCCCAAACUGCCCCCGCCCAAACCCCUGCCCGGCACCCUGAAGAGGCGGAGAACCCAGCAGGCCAACCCCCAGCCCCAGCCCCAGCGCCACCACCACCGCCAGCCCCGAGAGAACUACCAGAUGGGUCAGAUGAGACGCUGAGGCUGGACCCUCCUUGCCUUGGUUCUUCCUAGUGCCUACAGUGGGAAAACUUCACUCCAAAGAAUUACCUGUAUCAGUCGUUGCCCACCCCCUGCCCCCCACACCAACCACCAAAACCCUGUGACAGGGCCAUCGUGAACUCACACACAGCCGAAUUUACCAGAGAAGAUGACCAGGGGGAAAAAGAAAACACGCAGACGCCACUGUUCUGAGCCAGCAAUGGACGCUACGUCUGUGUCUGUUUCUCAGUAUCUUUGAGGGAACGCCAGAGAAUCCCCGGUCCGUCUUUACACGGUCUCGACCUUCUCUCCACCCAACUUCCCAACUUUAUUUUCCUUAAUUCUGGAAGGUCCAGUCUGCAGUGGUGUCCUUGUGGUACCUUAUUCCCUCCCCUCACCCCCCACCCCUCCCGUUCGUAACAUCAUGACUGCAGGUGACAGGGGUUUUUGCUGCCGAGUAGGGCCAGGAAGAGAGACCACCUCCAAGUGGAAGAGACUCCAUUGCCAAUGUAAUUAACAUUGUUCAAAAAAGAAAAACAAAAAAAGCGCCGGCUUUUUAUUUCUAAUGCACACGCGUACUUUCUGCGUGCAAUUGUACAGAUAUCGCAAUAUAGUUUUUUUUUCAUUGUAUCAUAAAAAGAAAAUGGAUUCCUUUUUUCUUCUUUUUUUUUUUUUUCUUCCUUCUUCCUGCUGUUUGAUGAAGAUGACUUACUGUUUUAAUUGACACUCUCAGGAUUAAAAAAAAAAAAGAAAAAAAAACAACUAAAAAAAAAAAGAAAAGGAGGGCCUUGGAAGUGAGGUGGGAGCGGAGAAUGUCCCGGAAGCUUUUUAUAGCGACCGCGCGUAAAGGAUGCUCGCCCCGCGGGAGCAACCAGCUGACUUUCGCACGCCGUGCGCACAUGUAACUGGUGUGAACCGCGCCUGCUGUUAAAAUAACUGCGCACAAAUAGAUCUGUAACGACUCGUGCGCAGGGGCUUCUGGGUACUGCGGGUGGGAGGGAGGGAUGCUGUUGAUGUAUAGAUGAUUGAGGCAUUGCUUCUUGACGGCAUUUUAAGAAAUAAGCCUGCAAGAUUUGUCAAGACCCUAGAUGUGGUAGUUUUGGUACAAUUUGCGAAGAAGUUGUGGGAGAAGGCUCUCGUAGACUUUGCGGAGAGAGCGCGUAGGUACAUAGGGGGGUAGGUGAGGUUUUUAUUUUUUACUUCAUACUGCAUAUACUCUUUACUUCUGAACUGAUAUCGAAUUACUCCCCCAAACCCCACCCCACCCCACCCCACCCCACAGCUGGGCAUACAUUUGCCGUACUGAACACACAAAACCACUAAUCCCAGCGGACGGGCCGGUCUGCUGAUCAGCCCCGCUGUGAUGAAGGGAUGAGAGGGGAGGUAGAUAAAGAAAAGAGCGUCACAUCCUGUAGAGGGGUGCUCGCGUUGCACAAGUUUCACCUUGUGAGGCUGCCUCGUAUCCAGCCAAUCCGGGAUCCUGGCUGGGGACAUGGGAGGGGCUAGAGAUUUAGAUGGGGUGGGAUUUGCCAAAAAACAUUUUUUUUAAUUGAGGCAACCACAUUGGUACUGUUUGUAUACAUACUAUCGAGAAUGACCAUCUCCUUUUUAAUUGAGGCAACCACAUUGGUACUGUUUGUAUACAUACUAUCGAGAAUGACCAUCUCCUUUUUAAUUGAGGCAACCACAUUGGUACUGUUUGUAUACAUACUAUCGAGAAUGACCAUCUCCUUUCCUCUCGCCAAGUAAUAUCUUUCCGAAACAUGACCACGCAGCCACUGAAAGCUACAGUUCGUAUGCUACAAUGAGUGGGAUGCAGUUUUUUAAGGACCAGCUACACUUGAGUUUCAAGCAUUCCUUAAAAAAUGUAAUAAUUUCCAGUGUGGCUCAAGGUGUGAAUGCAUAGUGGGGUAGUUUACAAGAUCGUAAUACUUUGUCGUUUUACUGACUGAACCUCACUUAAAAUGGGUUGCUUUUUUUAUGAUUGUGUUUUCUCUUUUCUCUUGAUUUUUUUUUUUUUGUCGAUGCAGAUAAUUUGUAUAUAUAGGAGAUGUUAUUGUUUUGAAUCUAGAGUUUGGUACCUGUGUUUUAACUGCAGUGAGAAGGGAGAAUCCCUCAGUGGACGUGGCUUCGAUGCAUGUAGUGUCGCAUUAGAGACUGAAGAAGGCAGCCAGUCAAAGUCCACAAAUCUCUCUUCACACUCUUUCAUCCUCCCACUCCCAGUCUCCCAUAGUGACCUGUAGCUUCUUCACUCGCCCCAAAUGUCUGUGCAUGUGGUGGUGCUGCUUAUGACGAAAGACUAUGUGCCUGAACUGAGAGGGGUGAGAAGUAUUGCCCAGAAGACCCCGCACACACACGCACUGCACACGCAAACACACACACCGUGCGCGCGCACGCACGCACGCACCGCACACACACACACACACACACACACACACGCAUGCACACGCACCGCACACACACACACACACACACCGCACACACACACACACACACACACACACACACACACACACGUACCGUGCACACACAGGCACGCACACGCACAAAUAGACAAUAUGCAGGAACCAGGAAUUAUCAAAGGGCAUCAAAUGACCGAAAGUAAUCUGACAGGUGACCGUAUCCAUGACGAUGUAUCACUUUCUGAUGGGCGUGGUCUCAGGAGUUUGAGGAAACUGACUGACUAAAGCUUGCCGUUUCUCUCCUUCCCCAUCAGUGGAAACAAACAAGGUCAUGUGACUUUGUUAAGCGCUGCUGCUGUCCAAUCGAACACAGUGUGACCGAGAGGUGACCAAGGCCACAGGCCCAGAGGAACCCUUCUUUUCCCCAGUCCUUCUGCCAUUUUGAAUGUUCAUUGCGUUCUGUUCCCUUGAUGCUCUGCGAUGCGUUGUGUCAGUUUAAAUUCUGCUUUCAGUGGCUUCCGAAUUGUAAGAGUUCACCUAGAGGGGGCACUUUGAAGGCACAUAAAAGCCAUGCCAGUCCGCUGGGCCACUAUCUGCAUGGUUUCCUCAUCCAAAAUUUGCUUUAUUUUUGGAGAGAACAGCCGUUUUUAUACACAUGUAAUGUACAUUUUUUUGUUUGUAUUCGAAUUCCAGAGAUUAAUGGUUCAAAGGCAAUUUCAGUUUGAAAAAUUAAAUUACAACUAAAUUUAAUAAUGUAUAAACUAAAUACUCCCUUUGGUUCUAAUCCUGUAUUUUCCUUUCUGUAUUGUGCUGGUCGGAAUGGGGUUCGUGCUGGAUAAUAAAGUAAUGUUUUCAUCACUUUUUUCAUUAGUAAACCUCCUUUGAGUGUGGUAGACUUAAUACUUUUCUCAUGUUUGUCUAUGUUCCUGUGGUCAGUUCUGAUUUAAAAGUGUGGAGGGAGGGGUGCCUGAAAUUUAAAUUUGUUUAUAAAGUUCAAUAAAAAUUAUUUGGGAGAAACGUGCACUGAAAUGCCCAGUUUGAGUUGAAAUGUGGUAGGUGAUGUAAGCAGAAAGAUGAAACGAUGAAAAAGUCUAAUACUACUGUCUGAUUUUAAUGUCCGCUGUGUUUUAUACAGUAUCAAACUUUAUUUUAAUUUUUUUUUGGGUUCACUUUGGAACAUUUUUACUAAAAAAUGCAAAAAGUAUUGUGCAAAGGUAUGUCAUUUUUUUUUUCUUUUUCUUUUUUUUGAAGUACUUGAAAUGCAUUAAUAAAAAUAGAAUUGAUCAAAA